AAGAAAACAAAGCCAAAAAAUCUCCUCAAAUGAACAAAAAUAAUUGAGAAAAAUGACAAAAGGAAUGGCCCUCUAGAAUUUAUUGACUUUAUGAACGUAAAAACCCCACCAUCCAAUGACCCAAACCCCCAUGCCACUCCAUGACCAUGAGCUAUUUCCCCAUUAAAACCAAUUUGUUAAAAGAAAAUGACAAAGGGUCGGUGAAGAUAAUGGCUUGGCACCCACCUUCUCAUAAACAAGCCUCAAUCACUCCCCUGCCUCUUCCUUUGUCUUCCACCCAAUUUUCUUCCCAAAACAACAUGCUUGAUCCUGGCACAAAACUGCCCAAAUCUCAAGUCAGUUUGUCGGACCACAUGGGAAGGAGAUGGAGUAACAGUUAUGAUCAUGCCGUGAGCUAUGAUCCUAGAGAGCAAAAGGCUGCUCAAAAUUAUGCCAAUUAUAGGAGUUGGAACAGCAUGGAAGGGGGGUUUGGAGCUGAAACUUCCAUGAUUGAAGAUGAGUCCGCUGUUUCCACUCCUCCUUUAUGGAGAACUAGUCCUUCUAGGAGUCCUCCGCGUAGACAGAAUAUUAAUUACCGAUGCCUAUCACCAUCUUCAAAAUCUCAAGCUAUAGCUAGAGGCCAAAGGGAGCUUAUGGAAAUGGUUAGUAGAAUGCCUGAGUCUUGUUAUGAACUUACCUUGAAAGAUCUUGUGGAGCAACAGCCUGUGGCUGCCGAACCAAAACAGGAGAGUUUUGCUGAAGGGAGAGGUGUGACCAAUGAAGAUACAUACAAGAAAGAGAAGGGGAAGAAGAUGCAGAACAAUCCGAAACCCCUAGUUAAAAGAAGUGGGAGCAUAAAUAAUGGAGGGUUUCUUCUGAAAAUGGUGUUUCCAAUUUCCUUGGGGUCUAAGAAAAAGAAGAAGAAUGAUUCGAAUACUAAUCAUAAUUGUAAGGUUUCCCCAAAGCCAAUGGUAUCAGAUGCAUCUGGUAAGAGUGUAGACAAAGAGUGGUGGAAGAAGAGAUCUGGGUCGAGUGAGAGUGAGAGUGGUGGAUCAACUAUGAACAGUGGAAGCACCAAAAGCAGCCGCAGUAGCAGCACCAGUAGCAGCAGCAGCUGGAGGAGCAUCAGCAAUAGCAGCCGCCGGCAUGGGGAGAGUGGUUGCUUGGCUUGGCUUUCAUUCUGACUAGGAAAGCCAAAGCAUCGCAGUGAAAGGGCAGCCUUCAGCCUUCUUUGAAAAUGGAGUUCAAUGUGUAAUUAUCUUUCCAAUAAUGUUAAAUGUUUAGGUACAGUGGAUACAGGAGAUUGUCGCAGCGGAGAGAUGCACCCUAAUUAAGUCUGCGUAUAAUAUUCAGAGAUUCUAAUUAAAGAGUGCUGUUUUUUUUUUGUUUUUUUUGGUUUUUGAUUUCGCUUUCCAAUAUUUUCUUGAACUUUUUCCUUGCUCUUAAUAUUUUAUAUAAAUUAUUCUUAUGGGACAUUAUGUUUUCAUGUGUUUGGGAUGAAUCUGGGGUUAGAGAAAUGUUAUGCCGACAAGUACUGCUAUCUUUUCUCCAUUUUUUAUUUUUUUUUGGCUGCGGCAGCUUUCCGAAGUGGCCAAUCUACAAUCUUCCAAAGUUCUACUCUUCUUCAAGUCAAUGGAAUCCUACGGCUUAUACUGUGUUUCUCCAGGUUGAUAUUAAUCCACAAUUUUUUUUGUAU